AUGAAUCGUUAUACACUUAUCAAACAGUUGGGAGAUGGAACGUAUGGUUCAGUGUUACUCGCUACUUCUAUGGAAACGAAGGAAAAAGUUGCGAUUAAAAAAAUGAAAAGAAAGUUUUUCUCUUGGAAUGAAUGUCUUAAUCUUCGUGAAGUGAAGUCCCUAAAGCGGUUGAAUCAUCCAAAUAUUGUGAAACUCCGGGAAGUUAUACGUGAGAAUGAUGAAUUAUAUUUUGUUUUCGAGUAUAUGAAGGAGAAUAUGUAUGAAAUGAUUAAGAGAAGGACAAAACUAUUUCAGGAAGAGACUAUUCGUAAUAUAAUUUGGCAAGUGCUAGAUGGGCUUCAUUACAUGCAUAAGCAAGGUUUUUUUCACCGUGAUAUGAAACCCGAAAAUUUGUUAUGCAAUGGGCCAGACACAGUAAAACUGGCAGACUUUGGACUCGCUCGUGAAAUUCGUUCUCAACCUCCGUACACUGAUUAUGUAUCUACUAGAUGGUAUCGAGCUCCUGAGGUGCUUCUUAGGUCGACCAGUUACAAUUCACCGGUUGAUUUAUUUGCUGUUGGUUGUAUAAUGGCGGAGCUGUAUACAUUCCGACCUCUUUUCCCUGGCAGUUCCGAAAUUGACAUGGUUUUCAAAAUCUGUUCCGUUUUGGGUACACCUUCUAAGACCGAUUGGCCCGAAGGAUAUCAGCUGGCUGCCGCUAUGAAUUUCAAAUUUCCACAGUGCUCUUCAGUACCUUUGCAGACUCUAAUUCCUAAUGCCAAUCAUGAAGGUAUUCGACUAAUUUUAGAUCUAAUAUCGUGGAACCCGAAGCACCGACCAACGGCUCGUGAAGCUCUAAAACGGCCUUACUUUAAACCUAUACAAGCUUUCAAAAGUAUCAUCUCUUCAGUCGCUGAUGGUGAUAAAUUGCAGAAUACCACUCGAGAUUUGGACAGAAAAUCUACAGAUCAUAACAAAAAACACAAAUCAGUUUCACAUAACUCAAUUGUAGACAUAAACAAGUCUGGAGUAGAAGAAACCAAGCCAAUCCACUUGACUAGCACUGAUGUACUCAGUCGCCAAGCAGAAACCGAGACGCGUAACAAUUUUUGUACCAGUCGUAAUAAUUGUCUAGAGGGAAGAGAAGUGGAAAAUAACGCUUCUAGAAGCGAUGUCGAUUUGUCGGAGUUCUUAGUGGAGGAUACUAGAGGUAAGAAAGGGGCUCCAACAGACCCUGUUCUGAAGCUAGAAGAUCCUUUACCAAGUCUACUUCCAUCAUUAGCCGAAAAGGUUGAGAAUAUUGGUUUACAUAAUGGUAAUGUUGAAAAUAAAAUUGAAGCAUUUUGUGACUUCAUUUUAAACAAUUCAACUGAUAGGCAAGACCUAGAUACCAGUUUUACCAUUGAAUCAAAUAAUAUCCGUACUGAUUUAUUUCAAAAUCCCAAAACGGAACCAUUACUACUGAAAACUAAAAAGUCAGCGCGUCGACGUUGGCCAGUUCUAGAAACUGAUGAUUUAUUGGAAAAGCCUGUUUGUGAUCAUGUAGAUUUAAAACCGCCAUCGAAGAAAAUGAUUGCACCAACUGAUGAGCGAAACCACAAUCAUACACAUACUUUGCUUAACCAAAAGGAGAUAUCACCAUUAAACAAGAUUCCAAUAUCCACAGCUAAGCUUAUUAGACAAUAUCAAUCUCUUCCACCAGUUCUAAGUGACUGUAAUCUGUCAAGACAAGCGAAACAACGAUAUGGUUCCCGGUUUCCCACUCGUACGCGGAAUACUAGCAGCACACGGAAAAGAGACUCUAUAGACAUUGAUGAUCUUUUGGAUUCUAUUACAAUUACAAAGACAUUUGCUCCAACUAAUCCCUUUGUACCAUCAAAUACCAACCCUGGAGGCAUAACAUCGGCGGCAUCUUUUUAUAAGUCCAAGGCACGUUAUUUUCCAGGACAUACUAAUAAGCCUAAACAGUCGACAAACCCACUAGUCACAGACACCUCAUUACUGCAUCAAACUGACAGUCACAAAGAAAACUGUCCCUCAAUGCAACCGUUUUUAGAAAACCCACUAUAUUCUUAUGUAAAUAAUACACGUGAAAAGAAGUUUGUUAGUUCUGGAAUCGAUAACACUGGGGCUCAAGAAGUUGGUCACUUUCGCAGUUAUGUGAACGUGUCGGGAGCAGGAUUUUCAUCGGGAAAUAGAACCGACCAUUCAAAGACGUCAGCAAGAGGAGCUGCUCCUGCGUUUCAUUCAAAUCCAAGUUCCAGGACUGACUGGGCAGCUAAGUACCUGAAGUCAUGA